AUGGACUCAGACGGGACAGCUACACAGAUUCAGAUAAGAGAUGCUCUGACCAACAGAGAUGUGCCUGUCAAGGUGUUUGGUUGGAUACACAGGAUCUUGAGGCAUGAUAAUGAAGGAAUGGUGGUUUUGCUUAGAGAUGGUACAGGGUUUUUGAAAUGCGUUUUCUCAGACCAGUUGUAUCGUAUGUACAGUGGUGUUGCAAGAGAAGCCUCUGUCUGUAUCUACGGUAAAAUCUCAGCUAUUCCCGAGGAUAACGCUGCCCCUGAUGGACUUGAGCUUAGUGUUGAUUUCCUAGAGGUAAUAGGGACUUCGCCCCAAGGAGGAGUUGACGAAAUCGUCUCCAAGUGUACCAGUACGGAGGACCAGCUGGACCAUCGACACCUGAUGUUGAGGCAAGAAGAGAUGUCGAAGACGAUGAGGUUGCGAUCCUUUGUGAUUCAAUGCUUCAGAGCACACUAUGUUGAUAGGGGAUACAUUGAGGUGACACCUCCUACACUGGUACCUUCUGCCAAAUUUGAAGUCGCAGAGGAAUUGUUCAGUGUGAACUUUUUCGACGGAAACGUGAAUUUGACCCAAUCAUCACAACUGUACCUGGAGACAGUGAUACCCUUUCUUGGCGACGUGUUCUGUGUGGCGCCGUCCUACAGAGUCGAACAUAAACAAACCAGGAGACAUCUAUCAGAGUUCACUCAUAUCGAGGCAGAGUGUCCGUUCAUCUCGUUUGAUGAUCUUGUGUACCGACUGGAAGAUGCUGUUUGUGAUGUCAUAGAGCGAAUUAUGAAGUCUCCAUACCGGAAAAUCGUCCAGGAUCUUCAUCCUAACUUCAAACCACCAGAAAGACCAUUUAAGAAGAUGUCUUAUGGGGAUGCGAUAGAAUUCCUUCAAAACAACGGCAUCAAGAAAGAUGAUGGCACAUUCUGCAGGUUUGGAGAGGACAUCUCCGAGAGCCUGGAGAGGAGCCUGAUAGGUAUUGUUAACAAGCCCCUCCUGUUGUGCAGGUUCCCAACAAAGAUAAAGCCAUUCUACAUGCAACCCUGUUCUGAUGAUAGUUCCCUCACGGAGUCUGUCGACCUUUUAUUACCUAAUGUUGGAGAAAUCGCUGGAGGCUCCAUGAGGGUAUGGAAACAUGAUGAUAUAAUGGAGGGUUUCAGGCGAGAGGGAACUGACCCAACCAAUUACUAUUGGUAUACAGAUCAGAGAAAAUUCGGCUCCUGUCCUCAUGGAGGGUAUGGUAUCGGGUUCGAAAGGUUCUUGUGCUGGCUUCUUAACCGUUACAACAUUAGAGAGGUUGUCCUUUACCCACGAUUUGUAGGAAGAUCUUCACCAUAAUGAAAUCAAGUGAAUAUUGAUACUGGUAAAAUUCCACUAGGAACGGACAUAUAACAUAUAACUGUUAUCUCUAAGUAUACUUUGUUAAUACGGAAGAGUAGAUGUUUCCUAUUUACCAUCAUAGUAUCGCCAUGAUGUCUUAUCAAGUAAUAUGCGUUUAGUUUUGAAUCCGCAUGGAUUCUAAGUAAACUGACUAAGUUAACACUAAAAUUUGCACUGUUUUAACAUAACAAUUUUCCCACGGGAAUUCUGUGAGUAAUACUAAGAGGGAAAACUGCGAGUAACACUCCGAGGGAACCCCAAGAGUAAUACUAAGAGGGAAAACUUAGUUAUAGUAUAGAGGGAACCUGCGAGUAAGACUCCGAGGGAAAACUGCGAGUAAGACUCGGAGGGAAAUCCGUGAUUGAUACUCAAAGGUAAAUCGCAAUCAUGUCAAUACUAUUUACGUUUGCAUUGUAUUAAAGAUAUAUUGUAUGAAUGUGCCAUAACGAU